GGUAGUCUCAGUCUCUGGGUCUUCCACUCAAAAACGGUCAUUUCAGCUGCGUUACGUUUUUUCUCGCUUUGAAUGCUUUGCCUUUUUAAUGCUACCUUUUUCGGGGCGUUGGCUUGGCCAAGAAAGUUAUUGUGAGUGAAGAAAUGAUACAGAAACGAAAAUGCGAAUGAUCACCAUGAUGCACAAAUUAAAAUAUCGCGAUAAAUUAAAAUGGUUUUUGGCCCUUCUCCUGCUGAUAUGCACCUGCUUCGAACAGUCAGCGGCACAGACAAGAGAUCCCAGAUUUUAUUCACGUCCAGGAGUAGACUACCAUUGGCCGAAUCCAGGCGAUCCAGAUUACAGAACUUACACGUUCAACGAUCGCCGAUAUGGUCACUAUCAGCCAAAUGGUUUCGGGGCCAACUAUCCAGGCAGGAAUCCACCUGGACAAUAUCCCCAGGGAAUGCCGAACGAAGAUCGCUUUCGUUUUGAUCCGAACGAUCCGAAUGCCCGGACCCAGUUUCCGGGAGUUCUGGCGGGGUGGCGAGAGGACUUGCAGGGCAAGCAGCGUCGGGACUCGCUGACCCUGGAGCGGGACGUGUUCGUGACCACCAACUACGGCCAGGUGCAGGGCUUUAAGGUGUACAUGUACGACAAUCCCGAUCCCAAGUCCUUCUAUCGCCCCUUUCACUCGACGGUGGACCGUGUGAUGGGCGAGUGCUCUGCCUUCCUGGGAAUCCCGUACGCCCUGCCACCCACCUUCGAGGGCAGGUUCAAGCCGCCCCGCAUCCACCGCGGAUGGCAGCUGCUCCAGGCCGUCGAUUUUGGACCCGCCUGUCCCCAGCCCGUGCGGUACACGGGAGCCACCAAGGGAGUGAUGGACAUGGACGAGGACUGCCUCUACUUGAACGUAUAUUCACCCAAGACUGGCGCUGGUGUGGCCCAAAAGUACCCGGUGAUGGUGUACAUCCAUGGUGGCGAGUUCAUCCGCGGGGCCUCCAACUUGUUCCAGGGCCACGUACUGGCCUCCUUCUACGACGUGGUGGUGGUCACCCUGAACUACCGCCUGGGCGCCCUGGGAUUCCUCUCCACGGGCGAUGAGAACUCGCCAGGGAACUACGGCAUCCUGGAUCAGGCGAUGGCCCUGCGUUGGAUCCAUGACAACAUUGAGUUCUUCAAUGGGGAUCGCGAUUCCAUUACCCUCUUUGGCCCCGGGGCAGGCGGCGCCUCCGCCGGACUUCUGAUGGUGGCUCCGCAGACGCGGAACAUUGUGAGGCGGGUGAUUGCCCAGUCGGGAUCGGCCCUGGCGGAUUGGGCUCUGAUCCAGGACAAGUACCGGGCCCAGAACACGAGUCGCGUGCUGGGACAGCUCUUGGGCUGCUCCAUCGAGUCCUCGUGGAAGCUGGUCAACUGCCUGCGCACUGGCAGGAGCUUCUAUGAGCUGGGCAACGCCGAGUUUGCCCCUCAGGUGGGCAGCUUUCCCUGGGGUCCGGUCCUGGACCACAAUUUCACGCUGCCCGGCGACGACUGGUACGAGGGCUGGCGCGAAAAGGACUGGCGUUUCCUCACCCAAACGCCGGAGACCCUCAUCCGGGCUGGAAAAUUCAACCGGAAUAUCCAGUACAUGACGGGGGUGACCACCCAGGAAGCGGCGUUCUUCGUGGCCCAAAACGAGUCCCUCAGUCCGUUCUACGAACUGGAUGGACGCUUCUUCGAUCAGAAGAUCCGCGAGCACGUCUUCCGGUACAACUACACCCUCAACCCGAACGGGGUGUACGAGGCCAUCAAGUACAUGUACACCUUUUGGCCGGAUCCCAACAACAACACGAUUAUACGGGACCAGUACAUCAACAUGCUGAGCGAUCUCUACUACCGGGCGCCGGUGGACCAGAUGGUCAAGCUGAUGCUCGAGCAGAAGGUUCCGGUGUACAUGUACGUCCUGAACACCACCGUGGAGGCACUGAAUCUCCCGCAGUGGCGAAAGUAUCCGCACGACAUCGAACGAUACUUCCUCACCGGGGCUCCCUUCCUGGACAUCGAGUUCUUCCCCAAGAAGGAGCACCUGCAGCGCAACAUGUGGACGGACAACGACCGCAACAUGAGUCACUUCUUCAUGCAGACCUACUCGAACUUUGCCAGAUAUGGCAAUCCGACACCUCAGCAGGUGCUGGGCAUGCACUUCCAGCGAGCUUACCAGGGCGAGAUUCGCUACCUGAACAUCAACACCACGUUCAACUCCUCCAUCCUGCUCAACUACCGGCAGACGGAGUGCGCCUUCUGGACGCAGUACCUGCCCACGGUGAUCGGAGUGCUGGUGCCCACCUACCCGCCCACGACCGAGUACUGGUGGGAGCCAAAGGAACCGCUGCAGAUCGCCUUCUGGAGCAUGUCGGUAACCUGCUUCUUCCUCAUAGUGCUGGUGGUCAUCUGCUGCAUCAUGUGGCGCAAUGCCAAGCGCCAAUCGGAUCGCUUCUACGAUGAGGAUGUCUUUAUCAAUGGCGAAGGCCUGGAGCCAGAACCAGAUACCAGAGGGGUGGACAAUGCCCAUAUGGUGACCAACCACCAUGCCCUCCGUUCCAGGGACAACAUAUACGAGUACCGCGACUCACCCUCCACCAAAACGCUGGCCAGUAAGGCGCACACGGACACCACCUCCUUGCGCUCGCCCAGCUCGCUGGCCAUGACCCAGAAGUCCAGCAGUCAGGCGUCCCUGAAAUCGGGGAUUUCCCUCAAGGAGACCAAUGGUCAUUUGGUGAAGCCAACGGAGCGUUCGACGACGCCGCGCUCCCAUCCGAAUGGAAACGGUCCGUCCUCAAAGGUGGUGCCGCCCGUGGAAGAGAAGCGUCUGCUGCAGCCACUUUCCAGCACGCCGGUGACGCAGUUGCAGGCGGAGCCGGCCAAGAGGACUCCCACCGCCGCCAGUGUCUCGGGCAGCAGUCGGAGCACCACUCCGGUGCCCUCCGCCCGCAGCACCACCCACACCACCACGGCCACGUUGAGUUCCCAACCGGCGGCUCAGCCCAGGAGGACCCAGCUGGUGGAGGGAGUGCCGCAGACAUCCGUCUAAGUAACCGCUCUCUAAGCGCGGGAUGCGCUUAGGGAGUCAGCCGAAUCGUCCAAUCACAGAGCCCGUCGACGAGCCAGGAAGAAGGAGAGCAGCUUUUCCUGGAAUUUAUUUUAAUUUAAGUUAGUUGUUUUGCGAAAAAUGUAUUUUUAAUUUCGUAUUUGUAACACUUUUUUACACAGAUCUUUGAGAUCUCAGUUUUUAUUUGUAGUUGUAGUUUAGGCGAACCAAUAUUCGUAAAAUCUUACCUUAAGUUUAGUUCUUCGUAAGAUUGAUAACCCAACGAAUACAAAUCCAUAUCAAUGACAUUCCAUAGCCUUAUGAUCGGCCCCUAAGUGUACAUAAAUAUAGGAAGUAAUUAUGUUGCUAAGUCUAUCUCUUAAGAGAUUAGCUUGAUUAGCUUGAAAUAUUUUAAAUAGUUAAAAUAUUCUUUCUGCCGUAGUUAAAAUGUUUUUAUAAACUUGCGGUGUUGUAUUUUUAAGUGUAUAGUGACACUUCUAUCGAAUCAAAUUGUAAAAAAAAAAUUAAAAGAACAAAAAUAAAUUUACAAUUAUAAAGGAAUAAAUUAAAUUAUUUAAAAUCUUUAUUCAACAAGAAAGUAUACAUAACAUUGUCACGUCCCUAAGCAUAAGAUUAUCGUGUAAACCAUUAUAUUUUAGCCACUCCCACACAUCAUCAAGAGCAAUACCUACAGUGCCUUCACAUCUUGUAAUGUCUUCGGUGACACGUCAUCGAAAAUGUACCAAUUAAGUGUGCCUUUUAUACAUAUAGAUGUACCUAGAUUAUAGCGUUUUGUAUAUGUUUUAUGCGUCGCAUAUAGGUAAAAUGACCAUACAAAUUCAGUGUGAACCGUCCAAUAACCUUAUGUUUUCAUAAGUAUCGUGUACAUUAUUAUUUCUGUAUAUAUUCUCAUUCGUUACAUGAUUGAAAGCAUAGGGUAUUAACACUUUAUAUGUUUAUAUGUGUAGUUAAGUUUGAUGUACUCGUCCCUAAAUAAAAUAAUAUUAAUGUA